CUGGGCUCCUCCCCUGGCUACCUCACACAAACUCGCUCGGUCCCUCCUUCCUUCCUCCUCCGUUAGCCAAAUUGCCCUCCCGUGGAUGUCUUGACUACCGGCUGGUGUUCCUGCGCAACAGAUGUCUGCGAGCUAGCAAGCCUUGCGGAGGACUCCCCUCUCAGCACCUCCACCUGCAGCCAUGAACGGUGGAUCCAGCGUUGUGUGGUCCAUCACUCCAGAGGAGCGGGGGAAACACGACAAGCAGUUUGACACCUUGGCCUCAGUCUGCGGCUAUGUCUCAGGUGAACAAGCUAGAGGAUUCUUCCUGCAGUCGGGCCUGCUGCCGUCGGUCCUGGCUGAAAUCUGGAACCUGGCCGACAUGGAUGGCGACGGGAAGAUGGACAGACAAGAGUUCUCCAUCGCCAUGAAGCUCAUUAAGCUGAAGCUGCAGGGCCGAAGUUUACCCGCUGCCCUUCCGAUGGUCAUGAAACAGCCUCCUGUCGCUAAUGUCCCUUCCUCAGCCCGCUUUGGGAUGGGCUCUUUGCCAAACCUCUCUGUUGCCAUGCUGCCAUCCAUGUCCACCAUGUCCAUCCUAACCCCUAUCCCAGCUAACCCUCCUGUGCGACCGGCGACGCCCAUGAUGACGCUGCCUCUCGUCGCCCCGCUGGGAAACGCCGGGUUUGCCCACUGUCACCUGCACCUCCUCGGCUCUGCGCCUCCCAUCACUGCAGGCCUUCCUCACUCGGGUUUUUCCUCCCCGCUGACGUUUUCUCCACCUGGCAGCAAUAGCAUGUCUCACGCCAAUUCUCUUGUGGACCUAGGAUCCAGCAGCUCCAAUUCUUCGUCCACCACUUCACUGCCCAGCAACUCUCCCAAGACGGCGGCGGGGUUGAGCGACUGGGCAGUACCGCAACCAUCCAGACUCAAGUACCGGCAGCAGUUCAACACGCUGGACAAGCUCAUGAGCGGCUACUUGUCAGGACCUCAAGUGAGAAAUGCACUGAUUGCAUCCAACCUUACACAAACUCAGCUGGCUACAAUCUGGAACCUGGCAGACGUGGACAAGGACGGCCAGCUGAGGGCUGACGAGUUCAUCCUGGCCAUGCAUCUGGUGGACAUGGCCAAGACCGGCCGCCCGCUCCCGCUCACCCUGCCCCAAGACCUCAUACCUCCUUCUCUGAGAGGAGGCAUCAAGUGCAGUGAGCUCGUCAAUGGCACCGGACCUUACAGUAGCCCCACUUUAAUAGACACACUGGAGAUAGAACCCAUCCUAAAGAACAAGAACAGUGUGACCUUCGAGGACAAGCUGAAGGAGAACUUUGCACGGGGCAGUGCCGAGCUGGAGAAGCGGAGGCAGGCCCUGGAGGAGCAGCAGAGGAAGGCUCGAGAGCGCAGGACGCGCGAGGAAAGGGAGCGGCAGGAGAGGGAGACCCGCGAAACGGAGCAGCGCCGCAGGCUGGAGGAGGAGCGGCGCUUGGAGAGGCAGCGCGAGAUGGAGCGGCAGCGCGAGGAAGAAAAGCUUAAGGAGAUAGAAAGGAAGGAGGCAGCCAAGCAGGAGCUUGAGCGCCAGCGGCGGGAGCAGUGGGAGUGCAGCCGUAAGGAGGAGCUGAGCAGGACACGUGAGGGGGGGCACCAGGAACUCUCUCACCUCCGUGCCAAGAAGAAGAGUCUGGAAUUAGAGCUGGAGGCUGUGGGCAACAAGCACAAGCAGCUCUCCGACCGCCUCCGCGACGCCCAGAGCAAGAGGCGCAUCCGGAAGGCCGAAGUGGAGCUCAUCAAUCAGAAGAGAGAUGAGCGCAUUGUGGAGAUCAAUGCGCUGCAGCUUCAGUUUGAGGAAUGGCAGAUGAAGCUCUCUUUGCUUGUUCCUGAGCAACAGAAGCUGACUGAGAAGCUGCGUAACAUGAACCUCAGCAAAAUUUUACCGGUGACAUUGGCCUCCGUGGCUGCCAACAUGAGCGACAAAGGCGUCAACUGUCGCAGGCUGAAGGACCAGCUGGACGCCCUACAGAAGGAGACCAAAGACAAGCUAGCACAGAUGGAACAAUACAACAAAGAACUCAAGGAGCUGAGGGAGAAGCAGGCCAAGCAGCAGUCCGUCCUGGAUGACUUGCACCGCGUCAAGGAGGAGAAGCUGCGGGAGUUGAAGAGACGCAGGGAAGAGGAGGAGGAGCAGCAAAGGCAAAGGAGGAUCGAGGAAGAAGAGAGGCGGAGGAAGGAGGAAGAGGAGGAGCGGGAGAGACAGAGGAAAGAGGAAGAGGAAAAGGAGAGACGGCAGGAAGAAGAGCGGGAUAGACGGAAGAAAGAGGAAGAGGAGCGGGAGAGACAGAGGAUAGCAGACGAGGAGGAAGUCAGGCAGGCAAAGCUGGAGCAGGAGAGGAUGGCGAGAGAGGAGGAGGCGCGUCAGAGGGAGGAAGAGGAGCGAAAAAGGAGGGAGGAGGAGAAAAAGAAGAAAGAGCAGGAGGAGGCACAGGCGGCCUCAAAAGUGACAGUUUACAAAGCGCUGUACUCCUUCGCAGCUCGCAACAAGGACGAACUGAGCAUCGACGCCGACUGUCUCAUCGAGGUGGACGAGCAGACGGUGGGCGAGCCGGGCUGGCUGUACGGGAGUUACCGUGGAAACAAGGGCUGGUUUCCUCACAGUUACGCAGAGAAAUUCACAGAGAGCGGCCUCUUGUCCCCCGGACCGACUUCUUGUCCACCACUGCUUCCUGUCUCCAGAGUAACAGAUGGCGAACUAACAGGCGACAACAGCGUUCCUCCUCUUCAAUCAGACACAUCGCAGUUUCCAGCUCCUAUCCUGACCAAGGUCAUGUCGCCCUGGUCGCUCGCCGCCACCACCACUGCCUCCUCCGAAGCACACCUCAACCUCCCGCUCGGCGAGGGUGAAAUUGGGACAGACAUGGACCCACUGGACGGAGGUGACUCUGUUCAACUUGAAGGUAAGCAUACACUCAAAGCCUUGGCGUCACCUGACUUAACACCUCAUUGUGUUGUUGCCAAAAACAAAGAGUAUGUGGCGCUGUACACGUACGAGAGCCCGGAAGCGGGCGACCUCACCUUUGAGGAAGGUGAUGUUAUCGUGGUAAUGGAGCGGGAAGGGGAGUGGUGGCAGGGGUGCAUCGGUGACCAAACCGGCGUCUUCCCGUCCAACUAUGUAAAGCCUGUGGAGCCAGAGGUGUCAAGACCUGGUGGGCCAACCAAGAAGCCUGAGAUCGCCCAGGCUGUCACUGCCUCUGCUUCAGUCGGCCCCACAGUACAUCAGCUGCGCCUGUCUCCGGGCCAGCUCAUUGUGGUCCUGGCCAAGAACUCAUCUGGCUGGUGGCUGGGAGAACUGCAGGCUCGUGGUAAAAAGCGUCAGAGAGGCUGGGUUCAGUCCUCCCACGUCAAGCUGCUCGGACCCUCCAGCAACAAGUCGGCCCCCUCACCUCUGCCAGUGUGCCAAGUCAUCGCCAUGUACGACUACACGGCGGCCAAUCCUGAUGAGCUGAGCUUCUCCAAAGGCCAGCUCAUCAACGUCUUGGACAAGACCAACCCAGAUUGGUGGAGAGGGGAGGCUGACGGCGUUACAGCCCUGCUGCCCACCAACUACGUCAAGAUGACCACCGAGUCCGACCCCAGUCAGCAAUGGUGUGCAGACCUAAUGACUCUGGACACGAUGAGUCCCCAGGAGAGGAAGAGGCAAGGUUACAUCCACGAGCUCAUCCGCACCGAGGAGACCUAUGUGGACGACCUGGAGCUGGUGCUGGAGGUAUUCUACAAGCCUAUGUCAGAAUCCGGUCGACUAACAGAAGCGGAGAUGGGCGUCAUCUUCGUCAACUGGAGAGAGCUUAUCAUGUGCAACACCAAACUGCUCAAGGCACUGCGUGUACGCAAGAAAACGGGAGGCGACAACAUGCCGGUGCAGCUGAUCGGCGAACUGCUGGCGUCGGAGCUGACGAACAUGCAGCCUUACGUCCGCUUCUGCUCUUGCCAGCUCAACGCCGCCGCCCUGCUGCAGAGCAAAACGCACAACCAGCCUGACUUCAAGGACUUCCUCAAAAAAAUCGCCACUAACUACCGCUGUAAAGGAAUGCCUCUGUCCAGCUUUCUCCUCAAGCCCAUGCAGAGAAUCACACGCUACCCUCUGCUCAUAAAGAACAUCCUGGAGCACACGCCUGACCACCACGCAGACCAAUCGCCCCUGAGGGAGGCUCUGGAGCGGGCCGAGGAGCUGUGCUCUCAGGUCAACGAGGGCGUCAGGGAGAAGGAGAACUCUGAUCGCCUCGAGUGGAUCCAGAGCCACGUGCAGUGUGAUGGGGCUAUCGAGCACUUGGUGUUAAACUCGCUCACUAAUUGCCUCGGGCCACGCAAGCUGCUCCACAGCGGUCGUCUACACAAGACCAAGAGCAGCCGGGAAUUGUGGGCGUUCCUCUUCAACGACUUCUUGCUCCUGACGCAAGGCACAAAAUCCUUGUCCUCCUCCGGGCCCGACAAACUGUUCAGCUCCAAGAGCAGCAUCCAGCUCAAGAUGUACAAGACGCCACUGUUCCUCAACGAGGUUUUGGUCAAAAUGCCGCCUGACCCGUCGAGUGAUGAGCCGCUCUUUCUCGUCUCGCACAUUGACCGCGUCUACUCGCUCAGGACAGACACCUUGAAUGAAAGGGCGGCGUGGGUGCAGAAAAUCAAAGCGGCGUCUGAGAUUUUCAUCGAGACAGAGAAGAAAAAACGGGAGAAGGCAUAUCAAGCUCGCUCUCUGAAGACAAGUGGCAUCGGCAGGCUCCUGGUAACCGUCUCUGAGGCCCAGGAGCUCAAAGCUUGCAAGCCCAACGGCAAGAGCAACCCUUAUUGUGAGCUGACCAUGGGGGCCCAGUGCUACACGUCCCGAUCCGCAAGCAACACGCUAAACCCCAAGUGGAACUUUAACUGCCAGUUCUUUGUCAAAGACCUCUACCAGGACGUCUUGUGCAUCACCGUCUUUGAGAAGGACCAGUUCUCGCCAGACGAUUUCCUUGGCCGCACUGAGGUUCCCGUGGCAACUAUCAAGAAGGAACUGGAGAGCAAAGGCGCCGCCAGUCGCCGCCUACUGCUCCACGAAGUCCCCACUGGAGAAGUUUGGGUCAAGCUGGACCUGCAGCUCUAUGAGCCUCCACCCAAAUGAUACUUCUGAGCCCCUGUGUCAUAUAAGACUGCAAAACCCCCAUUCACAAGUGCCUUCACAUACUAGCAACCUUGUUCUGGAAAAGUGAAUAGGAUUGGCAGCACACUGGAAUACUUUUUUCUUUUUUUUUUUUUCUUUUUUUAAACAAACACAACCAUGGGAUUUACAAGCCACAACAUUAGGUACACCCACACCAUCUAUUCACAAUCAAGACUUUACAGAUACAAUCAUUUCCAAUGUCAGAGAGGUAUUUAACAAUGCAUUAACUGACCUGCUUUUAUUAGUACAAACAUGCCGGGUCUGUUUUAGCUUCUGCACACAAUGCAAACAGCAUAGCAUACUGUCAAUGCUGUGUGAAAUUCAUCAUGCUAAAUUAAUAAAUUGUACAUGCUGUGCAGUCCUGUACAUUGUACAUACAAACAGUCCUCUUUGUUGGGGCUUCAUUAUUAACCACCAGUGUUCUUGUAUCUAUGCGUGUGUAAUACUGACAGGUGGCUAUUGAGUUGAUAAAAUGGACUUCAUUGAUGUGAAGUGAAGAAAGCGCUACUCAUCUGGAGAACCAGCAGCCGCCGUGAUGGCAUGUGCCAUCCAGUGUGGAGGUCUCGCGUACAUGGUACGGUACGUCCAGGCUGUACAACACAUUACACAUUAUAAAUGUUAUGUUCACUGAAUUUUUUAUUUUUAAACAUAGCUUUCAGGGGUGCCAAACUCAUUUUCAUCGUUGGCCACAUCGUAGUUAUGGUUUCCCUCAGAGGGCCCAUGAUGACUGAAAAUCAUAAAAACUGUGUUAUUGUUUAUAUUGAAUGAUAUUUGUCCAUGUAUAGACACUGUUCAUGUUAAUGAAUUAUCAAAUUUAUCAACAAUGAUUUUACAAGGUACUGUAGGAAACAAUAUAAUAUCAAUAUGCAACAAUUUAUUUCUGUAAAUCUCUGCAAGUGUAUAUAUACCUUUUCAAAUGAUCAUCUUGUACAACAUUCCUCGGAAAUCACCAUUUCCCAUCACUGGUGAGCUAUUUUUAGAACAGAACUGUGGGCUGCUCAUGUGGUCCUUGGAGAGUACCUGGUGCUCACGGGCACCAUUUAGGUGACCACUGUAUUAUUACAUACAAACAAUUGCCCCCACAACUGAAUAUAUAUUUAACGACAAAUUGAAUUUGAAAUCAGAAGUCAUGGAAAAUGGAAAACGCAUAGUUGCGAUCCAGUUUUCUGAUUCACCAAUUUGCAGGAUUUUACGGAACCGAAACUGCAUUAUUCCCUGAAAAACUCAUUCUCAGGCCAAAGCCCUGUCUAAGAUAAAUGUAUUGCUUUGGUGGCAAGAAACUACAUUAUGUUGAAGUGAGGGGAGUAGUUUCAUUUAGUCGGGCCAUAGCCCUGUCUAAUAGAAAAGUACUGCUUUGCCACCAUCUUGUUGGCAAUUUUAAAACUUUCUAGGGGAAAGGAUCACUGUAUACAGUUCAAUUAUUGCUACCGUUCAAUUAUUGCUAUGAAGGGAUUUGCUUGGAAUCUUAGAAGUUUCAAAUUAGUAAGGAUUUUCUGCCAAAAUGAAAUGAACAAAUAUAUUUUGCAAGCAUGUAGUUGUACCUGGACCUCGUGUGAUUCGUGUGGCCCUUGUCUGCUGACUGGACAUGGAAUGAGGUGAUCACAGGGGUCACGUAGUCGCCGUGUUGGACCUUGCUCUGACUGAUCCACUUGUACAGACAUCCUAUAUAGAAAUGUAUAAUAAAAGUAAAUAUUAUAUAUCUAGCCGGCACGGUGGACAACUGGUUAGCACAUAUGCCUGGCAGUUCUGGGGAGGGGGGUUCAAAUCCCAGCCCCGCCUGCGUGGAGUUUGCAUGUUCUCCCUGUGCCUGGGUGGGUUUUCUCCGGGCACUCCGGUUUCCUCCCACAUCCCAAAAACAUGCGUGGUAGGUUGAUUGAAGACUCUGAAUUGCCCAUAGGUGUGAAUGUGAGUGUGAAUGGUUGUUUCUAUGUACCCUGCGAUUGGCUGGCGACCGGUUCAGGGUGUACCCUGCCUCUCGCCCGAAGAUAGCUGGGAUAGGCUCCAGCACGCCCGCGACCCUAGUGAGGAUAAGCGGUAAAGAAAAUGGAUGGAUGGAUGGAUGGAUGGAUGGAUUAUAUAUCUAUAUACAGGCCUAUUGUAUGUAAUGUGUGACCGCUAAUUGACAAAACUAGCUACCUGCUUCACAGCGAGUCUUCUUCAUCUUGGACCUCUCGUAUAAUAAUUCCAUCUCCUUCAGCUCAGCCGCCCUCAGCUGUGUGGGAAUGUUGUCAGCAGGGAACACAUUUUAAACAGAUUGCAGACCUCCGCCAAGGCUUAAGCACGGAGUAAACAGCUACAAUCGAGGGUCUUCAUAGGAAAUAGAUUCUACAUUCUAAAAACGUUAAAUGACAACCUAAUAUGAUAGUCUAGCUGUCUGAAUAUGUUAAAUGGAGAAUUUGGGAAAUUGAAAUAAAAUCCAAAUCGGAUCAGAAGAUUGAACAUUGAGCCUUUUUUUAAUCAUUGAACAAAGUUGUAUGUUCUUUUUGAAUGUUUUAAUUUUUUGGAAUGUUUUAAUGUGUUUAUUGAUCAAAAUGUUAUAAUUUUUUUUAUUUCUAGUUCUUUUUUUUCUUUCUUUCUUUUUAAAUAUCUUGCGCCCAAAUUCUUAAUUAUCCAAUUAUUAUUACUCUACAGUAUACUUAUUUACUAUAAUCGUCCCAACCGAAUACAAAAUAGUUCUAAGCCGUCUACUGAAGAGUAACUAUAGAGCCUAUAUGGUUUUCAAUUAAUCAUCUACCAUCAAAAUUAUAUUUUUUUACUCUGCAUUUUAGUUUUUUUUCAAUAUCUUUUUUGCAAAUGCUAUACUCUGAUGUUUUGAAGCAAAAUGUAUUUAUUGUAUUUUUGUCUCUUUUUAUUACAUUGAACCAAUUUAUAUAUAAAUCGAUUGAUUUUAA